AUGUCAGUCAACUGGUGUGAAACUUGUCAAAGAUACACCAACAACUGCGGCUGCUCUACUAGCGCGACUCAGGGCACAGGCGAGUUCGUCGGUGGCUUCUACGUCGUCCGGGAAGAGGGCUCUGGCGGCGGCUCGUCCUCCAACGGCUCAGGGGCUAAUAGUAACGGGACAUCGAAUGGAACCUCGAAUGGAACCUCAACCGGACAGUCAAACAGCAACUCCAACGGGGCCUCAAACGGAUCUUCAAGCAGGCGGUAA